GGCUCACCAAAAUCACGUCAGUGUACAUGCACUUAUAUCUGCAGCAAAUACGAAACUGCAUAACAAGAAUGCUUACGUGGAACUCUCUGACCUUUCAUGUGAAAAUAACCACCACACAAACAAAAUAAGCAAAACACACAGGGAUACAUCAGAAGGUCCUGCUUGUGCAGCAAAGCAGCAUCACCACAGAAGCUGUGCAACACCGGACUCACCAGAGCCAGCGGCGGUGCUUGGAGCGCACUUGGGUGGAUCGCCGGAGUGGAUCACGUGGGUGGAUCGCACGAGUGGAUCACGUGGGUGGAUCGCCCGAGUGGAUCACGUGGGUGGAUCGCCGGAGUGGAUCACGUGAUGCUGAGAAACCGCCGUUCUUGCAGCCCCAAUAAGGGGGCCUACGUUAGCCGCAGCCCAACCAGACAGCCCCGUGUAAAGGGGGGCAGUUAUGACUGUGAGCUGAUUCAGGUCAUGAGGGAAAGGGAUGAGAUGCAUGGCAUGCUGGGGAAAUAUGAACGGCACCUGUCAGAGAUCCAGGGUAAUGUGAAGGUCCUCACCGCUGACCGCGAUAAGACCUCCAUGUUAUACCAGCAGGCCCAGGAGGAGAUAGCUCAGCUCCACCAGGAGCUCCUGAGGUCAAAGCGGACCAGUUCUCCAAGGAGCAGUGUGAUGGCCCAGAAUAUUCUGAGACGCGUGGAAGCUGAACGGGAUGAAGCAGCGGCUGACCUUCGGCGCAUGACUAUGGAGAGAGACAGCUUGAGGGAGAGGCUGAAGGUAGGCCAGACCACCGGGAUGGGGGGGGGGCAGCCUGAGGGAGAGGCUGAAGGUAGGCCAGACCACCGGGAGGGGGGGNGAGUGGAUCACGUGGGUGGAUCGCCCGAGUGGAUCACGUGGGUGGGUCAUCGGAAGCGAGAGAGGAAAGGUGUAGGAGCCACUGCCGGCAACAAGCCCAAAGGAAGCCUACUGACAAUGUUCACAGGAGAGCUCAGAGUCAGCACAGCUCCUCCAGUGUACUGA